UGGAGGGCGCUAACACAAAGCUGCAGGUAACAGGCAACAACUUGGGAAAGGAGGAGGCCAUUCAAUAGCCUGCUUUAGCCACUAUUAGCUAGCCCGGCGGCUAACGAGCAAGCUAAACUAUCAAUUGUGGCUUAAUGACGCCUGUCCUGGAUAGCGAUGGCAAAAGAAAAGUGUUCACCAAUCGAAGCAGAACUGUAUUACCUCAUUGCCAGAUUUCUACAGUCUGGGCCUUGUAAAAAGGCAGCACAGAUUCUGAUCGAGGAGCUGGAGGAGUAUGAGUUGGUUCCACAACGAUGGAGUUGGGACGGGAAGAUAUUCAAACGGAGCUUCCAAGACUGGGUGGCUUUGAACCAGCACAUUCCUGCAGACUAUCUCCUCCAGGUGUGUCGGCGGAUAGGUCCUCUGAUAGAGAAGGAGAUCCCACCUAGUGUUCCUGGAGUCCAAACACUCCUGGGGCUGGGAAAGCAGUCGUUGCUUCGCACCACCAAAAGUUGUACCCACAAAGUGUGCUGCGGCUCAGCUGUGGCUGCGCUGCACAGAGGACGCCCACCUGAACCGCCAGUUAUUUGGAAUGUUCCUAAUGUUGUGCCCAUCAUGGGUGCUCGCCAGGCCACGGGUACGGCUCGUUUCGGGCAAGUCCUGCCGUCUUCCUCCUACCAACACAUGAAGAUCCACAAACGGAUCCUCGGCCACCUUUCUUCAGUUUACUGCGUGGCCUUUGACCGCACCGGUCGGCGGAUUUUUACGGGUUCGGAUGACUGCCUGGUUAAAAUCUGGGCCACAGACGAUGGUCGGCUCCUUUCCACGCUCCGCGGCCACUCGGCGGAGAUCUGUGACAUGGCUGUGAACUAUGAAAAUAGUCUCAUUGCAUCUGCAAGCUGUGACAAAGUCAUCAGAGUGUGGUGCCUGCGUACCUGCGCACCCGUUGCCAUUCUUCAGGCUCAUGCUGCUUCCAUCACAUCCAUACAGUUUUGUCCUGCUGCCAAAGGGACAAAGCGAUACCUUGCAUCAACAGGUGCAGAUGGUAUGGUGUGUUUCUGGAAGUGGCACUCUCACAGUAUGAAGUUUGAUGAUCAGCCAGUUAAGUUUGUUGAGCGGUCACGACCAGGAGUCCAGGUCUCCACUUCCUCUUUCAGUAGCGGCGGCAUGUUUAUGGCUACUGGCGGCACAGAUCACAUGAUCAGGGUCUACUACCUCGGUGCAGAAACUCCGAUGAAGGCGUCUGAGCUGGAUGCUCACACCGAUAAAGUUGUUGUUGUCCAGUUCAGCAAUAACGGUGACAGCCUCAGGUUUGUGAGUGGCAGUCGUGACGGCACAGCGAAGAUCUGGCAUUUUCAGCAACAAGAGUGGAAAAGCAUUACUUUAGACAUGACUGCAAGGCUUCCUGGGACUUCUGCUGCUAAUGGGGACGAUAAAACCAAACUGGUGGUGACCAUGGUUGCCUGGGAUCGCAUUGACAGCACCGUCAUCACAGCAGUUUCCAACUAUAUGCUCAAAGUGUGGAGCGCCACCUCUGGCCAGCUUCUGCAUGUUUUGUCUGGACAUGAUGAUGAAGUAUACGUACUGGAAGCCCACCCCUUCGACCCCCGCAUUAUGCUGUCUGCAGGCCAUGAUGGCAACAUUUACAUCUGGGACCUGAGCAAAGGAGUCAAGAUAAGAAAUUUCUUCAACAUGAUUGAGGGCCAGGGCCACGGAGCCAUUUUUGACUGCAAGUUCUCAGCCGACGGACAACAUUUUUCCUGCACAGACUCACAUGGGCAUUUACUCAUUUUUGGCUUCGGCUGCAGCAGACCAUACGAAAAGAUUCCAGACCAGAUGUUCUUCCACACGGACUACCGGCCUCUCAUUCGGGAUUCCAAUAACUACGUCCUGGACGAGCAGACACAGCAGGCCCCCCAUCUCAUGCCGCCCCCCUUCCUCGUAGACAUCGACGGAAAUCCUCAUCCUCCUAAAUACCAGCGGCUCGUCCCAGGAAGGGAAAACUGCAAGGAGGAACAGCUGAUACCUCAGCUCGGAUACAUGGCUAACGGUGACGGAGAGUUGGUCGAGCAGGUGCUCGGACAGCAGACGGCAGAAAACGGCGAAAGCCUUUUGGACAAUCUCAUCAGACAGCUGCAGGACGAGCAGGAUGAACGGCAGAACGCAGAACAACAGGCCGACGAAGAAAUGGCAGCCGUCGAGGCGGAGGUGGUGGCCUCUUCUCCCGGGGCGGAACCUCGCCGAAGCGGCCAGGUGGACGGAGUGUGGCAGAUGCAGCACAACUCCCUCCGCAGUCAGGUUGCCACGGAGAGGGACCUGCUGGCGUGGAGCCGCAGAGUGGUGGUCAACGAGGUGCCUCAUGGGACAUUCAGAGUCCUGGAGGAAUGCAGACAAGCCAAAAGUGACAUGGAGUGUUCUCUGUACAAUGCAGAGAGGAGAAAGAAACCAGUAACUUGCAUCCUCAAGAGCGAUACUCUCAGUUCCCGUCUGCGUUCCCUGCGCCCGGCCAAGAAAAAGCAGCAGCGCCACUCCUAUCAAACCCGGUCCGCUCAGGUUCGCCGGCCUGGAACCAGAAGUCGAAAUCCCAGCAACAGGCGGAACUCGGAAAGCCAGAUGGACUCGGACAGUGGAGACGAAGCAGAGCAGGCAGAGCAUUCCGACGGCUCCUCUGAGGAUGAAGCCCGAUGGCAGAGCGAAAGCAGCUCCAGCGACUCUUCCAGUGAAUAUUCUGACUGGACGGCUGACGCCGGGAUCAACCUCCAGCCGCCAAAGAGGCCGACCAGGAGGCCCGUCCGGCAGGCGGGUUACAGCAGCUCAGAGGAGGAAGAGGGCGGCGAUGAGACCAAGGAGGCGAAGAAGAGAGAGAAUGAGAAGAAGAAAAAACCCAAAGAAACUAAACAGAAACCCACUUCUUCUCUGGCCGGGCUUAACGCGGAGGAGUGGCUGCCGCCGUCAUGGAUAAUGGACACCAUCCCUCGCCGCUCUCCUUUUGUCCCACAAAUGGGAGAUGAACUCAUCUACUUCAAGCAGGGCCAUCAGGCGUACGUGCGGGCCGUCCGCAGAGCCAAGGCCUACAGCGUCAACAUCCAGAAGCAGCCGUGGAACCGGCUAAACCUCAGGGACCAGGAAUCUGUGAAAGUGGUUGGAAUCAAGUACGAAGUCGGACCGCCCACUCUCUGCUGCCUAAAGCUGGCAUUUUUGGACCCAGUCUCAGGGAAGAUGACCAACGAGUCGUUCUCCUUAAAGUAUCAUGAUAUGCCAGACGUCAUCGAUUUUCUGGUGCUGCAGCAGUUCUACAACGAAGCUAAAGAGCGCAACUGGCAGCCAGGGAUGAGGUUUCGCAGCAUUAUUGACGACGCCUGGUGGUUCGGAUCUGUGGAGGACCAGGAGCCGCUGCAGCUGGAGUAUCCUGACAGCCUGUUUCAGUGCUAUGCAGUGAAGUGGGAUAAUGGCGAGCGGGAAAAAAUGAGUCCCUGGGACAUGGAGCCUAUUCCAGAAGAAGCUGCUUUGCCAGAAGAAGUGGGGGACGGCGUAGAGGUUUUGGAAGAGGAGCUCCAAGCUCUACUCUACCGACCCCAGGAAGGAGAAUGGGGGGCUCACACUCGAGACGAAGACUGUGAGCGGGUCAUCGACGGCAUCGAUCAGCUUCUUAGGCUUGAUGUAGCAAAGGCUUUUGCCUCGCCUGUGAACCUCCAGGAGUACCCCCUUUACUGCACCGCCGUGGCUUACCCCACUGACCUCAGCACCAUCCGCAGACGGCUGGAGAAUCGCUUCUACAGACGGAUCUCUGCGUUGAUGUGGGAAGUGCGAUAUAUUGAGCACAACGCUCGCACUUUUAAUGAACCCCAAAGCCCGAUUGUAGCAGCUGCCAAGGUGGUUACUGAUGUUCUUCUCCACUACAUUGGAGACCAGAGCUGCGCUGACAUCUUGGAUCUGUAUCACAAGAUGAGGUCCGAGGUCAGCAGUGGUGGAGAAGCUGAGAUCGACAUCGAUGUGGACUCUGACACUCCAGGGACAUCGGCAGGACACCGGGGGAAUCAGCCAAACUCUAAGACACGGGGCGUGGAUUUUGACGUAAAAGCCUGGCGAGGUCAUUGCCGAGAGCUGCUGCGCCGGAUGUUGGCCUCCCCCGACUCUGGGCCGUUCAGGCGGCCUGUUGACCUCUUUGAAUAUCCGGACUACCGAGACAUCAUUGACACGCCCAUGGAUCUGGGCACGGUGUCGGAGACUCUGGUGGCUGGAAACUACGAAAAUCCCAUGGAGUUUGCCAAAGAUGUGCGCCUCAUUUUCAGCAACUCUAAAGCUUACACACCUAACAAGAAAUCACAGAUCUACGCGAUGACUCUCAACUUGUCUGCCUUUUUUGAAAAACACAUCAUCUCCAUCAUCUCUGACCACAAGUCUGCCAUUCAGAACGAACGCCGCACUCGUCAGAGACUCAGCUAUAGAAACAGGUUGCACAAUGGAGGAAACUCCCCACGAAACAGUCCAUCCCCGAGCCCUAAAGGGAAGCACAAAUCAGGGAAAGUGUCAAAGCUCAAAAGAUCCUCGGCCUCUACGAAGAGGAGUUCUCAGAAAACAUACCAAGUUCAGCACAGCAGCAGUGUAGCAGAGGAAGAGGAGUCCUCGCCUUCUUCUCCGAGUUCAGAAGAAAGCCCGGAGAGAAUAAAUCAGGGGCCUCAACGACUGACCCGCAGCCAAGCAACUCCUGCGAAGAAAUCAGGGUACCGCCGCAAGCUGCAUCUGAGUAACGGCUCCAGACAGCAGCUGCAGCGCGGCCAGGAACCGCUGGAGUCUGACGGCGAAGACGAUGACGAGGAGCAGGGCUCUGGCUCCAACAGCUCCUCCUCAGAGUCCUCCUCCACUUCCUCGUCCUCCUCAUCCUCCUCUUCGUCCGACAGCGAGAGCAGCUCAGACUCCGAGGUGGAGAAGUACGCGGAGGGUGGGGGCGAUCACGACUACAGCAAAGCCCCGUGUCUGUCGGUGCGCCUCUUGGCGAAGGGAAAUCUGGCGGCCUCAGGGAAACGGAAACUGAUGGGAGGGCAGGACGUGGCCCAGAGGACUAAACGAGCACGGGUGCAGCUUCCUGUGAAGGAGGAGGAAGAGGAGGAGGAGGAGGAAGAAAAAGAAGAAGAGGAUGAGGAGGAGGAAGAGAACCAGCCACACCAACAGGAGAAUGUAAGACAUGUUGAGGAAGAAGAUGAAGAGGAGCCUGAAGAGGAAGAAUCUGAGGAGGAAGAGGAAGAAGAGGAAGGUGAAGUCUCUGAGGUACAGAGAGUAGCAUCAUCAUCAGCAGCAGCUAGGGGUUCUAGAGGCGGCCUGGGUAAACCCGGGCGUGUCAGCACACGGAACCAGGGCCGCAGGACGGUCGUCUACAGGGACGAGUCGGACGACGACGGCCAGGGGUCAAAGGACGACCCGCUCAACCUGGGCAUGUCCCGCUCAGGACGGGUGCGGCGCAUGACCGAGAAGGCCCGGGUCAGCCACCUCAUGGGCUGGGGUCACUGACCGCCUCGCACCCCCUCAGACCUCAGUCAACACAAACUCUUCAACGCCAGGAAAACAUCAGGGAUUUUUUCUUUUUCGUUUUCUUUUUUUGUACAGGUGUGUGUGUAUAUAAUAUAUAAAUAUCUAUGGUUCUGUUUAUCUGGACUCGCUGGUGCUCAUUUACUGUUGCCACGGAUUUUUGCUCCCUGGAUAACAGAGCUAGUGUUCAACACAGACCCUCCCACAGCUGGACUAACUCACCUUCAGCCUUACUGCUCUCCUGCUCCUCCUCCUCCUCUUCGUCACGUCCGGAGCUAAAACACUAGGCGAUCUCUUCGUCGCCCCUCACACCUCUUCACCUACUGUUCACCAAAGAACGAUGUGAAGAUGCCAAAUACACGGUGCUCGUAUUGUUUGACUUGUCGUGUUUGACGGAGAGCGAUCCAGCAGCAGUCACUCGUUCACGCGCCAACGACACGAGGCGCCAACAUGGUCCAGGGUUCCUACACAGUCUGGAAAAGUCUGGAAUCUCUUUGAAGUAUUCUCCAGGUAUUGGAAUAGGAUGAAAAGCAGAAACGGAAGGAAGAAAUCUUUAUUAAAAAUUGCUAUAAAGUUGUUUCCCUUUUCAUUGUUUACUUCUCGACUUCAUUUCUUGUCUGUCCUUCCUUAAUUUUCCUACCUUUCUACCUUGUGCCCUUCUUUCCUUGUUUGUAUCCUUACUUCUUUUCUUCCUUGUAUCCUUCCAUGUUUCUUCUUUGCGUCCUUCCUCCCUUAUGUCUUUCCUCUUCUUAUUUCUCCUAUCCCUCUUUUUCCUGUCCUUCCUUCUUUCCAUCGAGACAAUGAUUUUGAAAGUUUUUUUUUUUUUUUUUAAAUCCUACCCUAUGUGAAAAGGUCAAUACCAUAAAUUCAAGUUAUUUCUUUUCAUCUUUUAAAACAGGAAUUGACAUCUGAAAUUGGAAAAUGUGGAAUUUUUAGAUGGGAAAUGUGUAGGAACCCUUAUAAUGUGUCUCGUUGCCUGAUCUCUUUUUUUUUUUUUUUUUUUUUUUGUACGUGGUUUGCAGCUUUCAGUCAAGCAAUACCUGGGAAAUAACCAGCAGGAAAUUUCACCUUUGCACCUUUGCAUCCAUGAUCUGUGAAUGUUGAAUGUUUGUAUUUUCCCCUGCUUCCCUUUUUUUUUUCUUUUUUUUUGAGCACCACAUUUUUAUGUUCUGUUGUGUGAAAUAUGUAAAGUUUUUCUUUUAAGAACAUACCUUUUAUUUUUAUUACUAUUAUUUCCUGAUUUGUGUGAAAAAACCACUCCAUCCUUUGUUGGUGUGAGCUGCAUCUAGUCGUUGCUCCUUCUGCCAAAGCAGAUGGGUCCUUCACAACUCUUCCAAGUAAAUAUUUAUUUUAUUUUAUUUUAUUUUUUUGCUAUUUUAUUACUCUUGUUUAAUUUUGUUUGCUAUGUUACUAGUGAUAAGGAACAGAUAUUUGCACAUUUACCUACUCCUCGUGGCAGCUGAGUAAUAAAGAGAGAAAUUCGACAUAAAACCUCAUAUUUGUGUUAAACUUUAAACUGUGCCAGCAAAUUUUUUAUUUUUGAUUGAAGUGAACAAUUUAAUAAGACUUUACUAUAAUUGUUUUGCAACCUGAGGGUGAUUGAAUUUUUUUUUUUUCUGAUCUAAUUUGGAUUUUUUUUUUAUUAUUAUUAUUUUUUCUUUUUUCAGAAUUCCAAUCGGUGUGGCUUAGAUUUUGUUUAUGAUCUGAAAUCACCUCGAUUAUUCCUCUUUGUUUCUAUUUUUGUUUGUUUCUUUUUGCUUCAAUGUUUACAUGAAAUUGUGCGCUGUCAUGCUAGCAGCCUUUAAAGCAGAGUCCAGUCAGGAGAGAUCUGGAAACGAUGACUCAGGCUCUCUUUUCAGCACCUGGUGCAUAAAUCCAAACACACUUCCUCGGCCCUCGACGUGUGGUUGUGAGUGAGAGCGGGGCGCUUUGUUCUUCGAAAUCAAACACAAAUUCACAUCGACACGUCGGGCGUCUCCAACAGCAGCAUUAACUCGUGUUUUUGAGAUUAUUUUGGUGGACUGCGAGACGAUUCUGAUUUUUGAGUCGCUUUUUGGAUGGAGCUUAGCGUUGCCUCCAAGCAUCGGAUUAGAUGACGACGAAUACAACGUUCUGCUGUAGGUGGAAACAAAAAGGCUUACAUGACAAUGUUUUAUAUGAAUGUUUUGAUUGUAUGUGGGGUUUUUUGUUGUUUUUUGUUGUUUUUUUUUAAUAAAACUGUUGAAUUUCCUAAA